CAAUUUAUUGUCAUGGACGAUUGUAGACUAAAGUAGUAGCUCCUUACAAAGAUUACAAUUGUUUUUCCUUUUUUAAUUUAAAACCUUAAAUUAAUUAGUAUGUUCUACAGUUCUUUCCCUGACAAUACAAUUGUGUUUAUGCUCGUACUUUAAUACUGUUACUUAGGUACUUUAAUAUUAGUUAAAUAAGAGUACUAGUCAUUUGAAAAUAUUGUGAUUAUGGUGAUAAUGGCAUAUCGUGUUUUAUUAGUUUUUAUUUUAGCAAUAAUAUGUGUAAAAACAGAAGAUGAAGCUGCAUCGCGUAUGUCAAGAUCAGAAAGGCUGAGUUUAAGGGAGGAGGCACGCAAAAUGUUUUAUCACGCGUACAACGCGUAUAUGGACAAUGCGUAUCCUGCCGAUGAACUGAUGCCACUGAGUUGUAAGGGCCGAUGGAAAGGCAUUACGCCGAGCCGCGGUGACAUGGACGACGCCCUCGGAAACUUCUCCCUAACCCUAGUGGACAGUUUGGACACGCUGGCGGUCAUGGGAGACUUCUCCGAGUUCAGCCGGGCCAUCAAACUUGUCAUACAGGAUGUCACCUUCGACCAUGACAUCGUCGUCUCGGUGUUCGAGACCAAUAUAAGAAUGCUCGGAGGACUAUUAUCGGCGCACGUUUUGGCGUCAACUCUGAAGCAUGAGGUGCCGUGCCUCCACUGGUAUAACGGCGAACUGCUCGCAAUGGCCGAGGAUCUAGGAAAGAGGCUGUUACCAUCGUUCAACACCUCCACAGGGAUACCACAUGGAAAAAUAAACUUACGACACGGCAUGCGCGGGAUGUCGGAGUCCCGUGAGACGUGUACAGCCUGCGCCGGCACAAUGAUACUCGAGAUGGCAGCACUGUCACGCUUGACCGGCAACCCCGUGUACGAGCAGAAGGCGCACAAGGCCAUGGAUAGGCUUUGGAAGAUUAGACAUAGAACAUCCGACUUAAUGGGCACAGUUAUAAAUAUACAUUCCGGCGACUGGGUGCGCAAGGAUGCCAGUGUCGGCGCUGGCAUCGAUUCCUACUACGAGUACUGCCUCAAAGCUUACAUCCUCCUCGGCGACGAGAAGUACUUGGCCAGGUUCAACAGACACUACAACGCCGUCAUGAAGUACAUAAGCAGAGGUCCAGUCAUGUUAGCCGUUCAUAUGCACAGGCCGCAUUUGCAAUCCCGCAAUUUCAUGGACGCCUUGUUGGCGUUCUGGCCCGGGCUUCAAGUGUUGCUGGGCGAUGUUCGGCCGGCGGUUGAGACUCACGAAAUGCUUUACCAAGUCAUGCAGAGGCAUACGUUCAUUCCAGAGGCUUUCACAUCUGAUUUCCAGGUACACUGGGGUCAGCAUCCACUUAGGCCAGAGUUCUUAGAAUCUACUUAUUUCUUACAUCGCGCAACUGAAGACGAUCACUACCUCCAAGUAGGCAAAACAGUACUUAAAGCAUUGCAGCAGUACACUAAAGUACCCUGCGGCUAUGCUGCCGUCAACGACGUCCGGACACGCAUACACGAGGACAGGAUGGACUCGUUCGUCCUCGCCGAGACCUUCAAGUACCUGUACAUGCUCUUCGGUGAAGAUAAGGAUGUUCCUGUCAAGCUAGAAGACUACGUGUUAACAACCGAAGCGCAUUUCUUGCCACUCUCUUUGGCUACAGACGGCAAGAACACCACAUACUUCAGUCUCAAAAUUGACGAUGAAGACGAAGAUAAAUACAGAAAGACAUGCCCGAACACAGCGUCCUUGGAAGCGGAGAAAGUUCGGCGGCCGAUGCGACAGCUGUUGGGGACGACGGCGGCCAGACCCGCGGCCCGCCUGCGCCCGCUCAACGACCCGCGCCAGAUACACGCGCUCUCGGACAUGGGCAUAUCAGUACUGACGCUCCCUGAUGGAAGGGUCCAGCUGCUGUACACUACCUCUACGGCGAAAUCUGCAAAAGAUGCUGCUGAAGGCCUUACAUUCAUGCGAGAAAUGUCAAAAUGGAACUCGAUGAGCGACAUGGAAAACGGUGUGGUUCCCGCCGGCGUCAAGAUCAACGAUAAGAUUUUCCCAGCGGGCCCGGGACACUUCGGCAAGGAGAUCUCUUCCCAAGACCAUUAUGUCAACAAUGUGGCUUACGUCACUCCUAUUGACGCUUGCUCGCCGAUAGAAAACAAGAAUGAAGUCGAAGGCAAGUUCGGAAUAGCAAAACGUGGUCAGUGCACCUUUGCCCAAAAAGUUCGCAACAUGCAAACUGCUGGAGUUACUUUAGCGAUCAUACUCGACAAUGUGCCAGACUCCACACACGAAAGUACGGCCUUGUUUGCGAUGUCCGGCGACGGAAAGGAUGAAAUUGACAUUCCCGCUGUAUUCCUGUUUUCACAAGAGGGUCGUUACUUAACAGAGGCUUAUGAAGAAAAGCCUGAUUUGAUAGUGACAGUGAGCGAACUAAAAGCUCUUAAAUCGAAUUAUGAGAAUAGUUGUGAUGAUGGUAAAUGUGAAACUGUCCUGCAAACUCCAGGUGUAGCUAACGAUAAGGAAUCAUUCGAUCAUCUUAAGAAGGUACUCAGUCAGUUAGCAGCGCAGUUCGAGUUGUCUCUUUCCAGUGACGAUCAGAAAACAUGCGGUGAAGAAUCUGAAGACGUUUUUUCGAAGACCAAAGACUCUAGUGAGGAUAAAAAUACAGAAGAAGCUGCAGGUGUAUGUGAGACUACUGCUAAACCCAAGGGACCAUCGAAAGUUGAAAAAAGCACUGGAAAGGUAACUACAGAGGGGUCCGCAACCCUAGGUCAAGGGGAAACAAUAGGGACUGCCAUUCCUGUGAAUUUAGACACGGAAAGGUUCACAGCGAGUGAUCAAGUUAUUGCAGAAGACGCCACAGCCCCCGUAGAAGUAAUCACGGACACCAUUGACGCUGUGGAGCAAGAUAUAGAAAUUAUCAAAAUGGAAACAGAUGUACAUGACGGUUUUUGACCAACGCGCGUACGAAGAAGACUGUGACUUAGAUUAAAUUAAGGACUAGUUUUGAAGAUUGAGUGGUAAAAACUUAUUGGUACGAAGUGAAACGAACGUAAUGGAGGCUUAGACUUGUACUUGUGAUUAGACAUUGUAUUUGAGAAGGCCCGUCAGAACCUAAUCGUAAAUAUUAAAGUCGAAAGUGUUCAACAAAUAACUAAUGUAUUUAAGUGUAGCGAAUUACUUAAAUAGUCUUAAUCGAAAAAUUAGAGUCUUACUCUUAAAUUUAAUGCCAAUUGUAUACUCCUUUUGGAUUAAAACUUAUUCUUAAUAGGCAAGUAACACUGACUGGCGAUUUCGGCAGUACUUUGCACAAGUUACGUACUUGGGCGAUGUUGUAAAUAAUCACAGGAACAAAAUAAGACUAAGAAUUUAGCCACUGCCACAUCAGUAAUGACAAUGCAUGAAUGUGUAAAUAUUUACUGAAAUAAACUUGUAAAAUAAAUUUGAACGUUAUUAAUGCGUGAACAAUUGUAAA